AUGUGUCUACCACAAUAUUCUCAUUAUCUAUCUAUCUAUCUAUCUAUCUAUCUAUCCCAAUCUGCUCACUAUUUUUAUCUAUCUCUGUCAGUUCAUUAUCUAUCUCUGUUGUUUUUACAGCGAUUGUCAUUUAAAAAGUGUCAUCCAGUGCGCUUAUUUUGUUACAAAUAUUGUACAUGUCAUUACGAUUUAUUAUAUUUUUAUAUUAUCAUCUCUCUACCUCCAUAUGCUCAUUAUCUAUCUAUCUAUCUAUCUAUCUAUCUAUCUCAUUCUGUUCAUAUCUAUCUAUCUAUCUAUCUAUCUAUCUAUCUAUCUAUCUAUCUCAUUCUGUUCAUAUCUAUCUAUCUAUCUAUCUAUCUAUCUAGCUAUCUAUCACAUUCUUUUCAUAUCUAUCUCAUUCUGUUCAUAUCUAUCUAUCUAUCUAUCUAUCUCAUUCUGUUCAUAUCUAUCUAUCUAUCUAUCUAUCUAUCACAUUCUUUUCAUAUCUAUCUCAUUCUGUUCAUAUCUAUCUAUCUAUCUCAUUCUGUUCAUAUCUAUCUAUCUAUCUAUCUAUCUAUCUAUCACAUUCUUUUCAUAUUUAUCUCAUUCUGUUCAUAUCUAUCUAUCUAUCUAUCUAUUUCAUUCUGUUCAUAUCUAUCUAUCUAUCUAUCUAUCUAUCUAAUAAGCCUCUGUAUACAUCCGAAAAUUUGUCUGUCUAUCUAUCUAUCUAUCUAUCUAUUUGCUUUUAUACAUUAUAAAAUACCAUAUUUUCUCUUUUUAAAAUCGGUAGACGAAUUUAUUAUAAAAAUCUCUUUUCCUUUCUUUCUUUUCUUUCUUUCUUUUUUUUUCUUUCUUUCUUUCUAUCGUUUUUGCUAUAUUUCUCAUUCGUCUUGCUGGCUACUGAAUAUCUCUUUUCCCAUUCGUUUCGAUAAUUUCUUUCCCACAUACUUAUCUUUCUUUCUUUCUUUCUUUCUUUCUUUCUUUCUUUCUUUCUGUUCAUUUGUCUUGUCGGCUAGUGAAAAUCACUUUUCCCAUUCAUUUUCCUUUAUUCUUCUCCCUUCUUUGCUCGACGGCAUCAGAACAGAAACUUCAGUAAAUGCUGGAGAUAUCUGUCCAUUGAAUCAUUUAUUCCUUUCCUUUUUUUUUCUAACUCUCUCCCCUUUUUUUUUACUCAAUUCUCCUGCUUUUCUGUUUCACCUCUUCAAUCAUCAUUUUCCUCCUCCCCUGCUUUCUCACGUUUAUUUUCUGAUCAUUGAUCUCUUUUCUUCUUCUUCUUCUUCUUCUUCUUCUUCUUCUUCUUCUUCUUCUUCUUCUUCUUACUCUCCCUUCUACCUGUAUUAUUAUUAUUAUUAUUAUUUCUUUCUUCUUCUUCUUCUUCUUCUUCUUCUUCAGUUACCCUUUCUCAUUUCUUAUCAUCAUCGUUUUCUCCUGUUUAUCUAUUAUCAUCCCUCUCCUGCUGAUAACAUCAUUAGGACAACAAGGCGUAGACAGCAGAUAAAAGCGAAUACAACCUGUCCCAGCGGUGGUUUGAACUCGGUUCAUUGGUUACUCCUCUUUUUAGCAUUCCUUUUCAUGCUGGUUAAUCGAAUUUCCUUGCAUAAAAUCAAAUUAUACAGCACUCCGGACACAUACUGUCACAGAUAUAUUAUUAAACGAAUGGCGGGGUUACAUAAGAACUGCUUUGUGAAUUCAGAUUAUAUAUUUUUCUUCUUUAGUUUUUGUUUCUCUCUCUCUCUCUCUCUGUCUGUCUGUCUAUCUAUCUAUCUAUCUAUCUAUCUAUCUAUUUAUCUAUCUAUAUUUCACUAA